AUGGCCAACUUCUUCAAAACGAUGCAUUCUUCAUCUAUGCCGGCAUCUCCAAACACUCUCGCGUUCAACUCUUCGUUGCCUCCGAAAGUGCUGACAGAAAAUAAAGAGGAAUCUUACACUGUGUCCAUCUCUGUCUACUACGAUCGUGGUGGAAAGAGCUCCUCGACCGUACAAGUGGAUCUGAACGACACCGUUCUGCAGCUGAAGAAGAAGUUAAUCAAAAUGAGGAAAACUCAAACGCUAAAUGCUGAGGGCAUGAACAUUGGUCUAUGCUUGAAUAACAAAUUAAGUGGAUCUGAACGACACCGUUCUGCAGCUGAAGAAGAAAGAGGAGUGAAUUUUAUUGAUACACGUGACCCUGAUAUUCGAAUUUUAAGUGUUUCAUCUGCGAAAUGUGAAGGAAAAUACAGAACAACAUUUGAGCAGUACGAGGCUGUGUUCUGUAUGAGAGUAGAAUUGUCGAACACGUUUCAAGAAAUCAAAGAAAAAAUAAAGACCUUGACGAACAUUCCUGUUGACCGGCAAACACUACUCUUCAAUGGUCAAGUUCUUCAAAACGAGGCCUUGUUCAUCGACACCAUCUCUGAAAUCUCUCCUUGCCUUCAACUCUUGGUUCGGCCCAGUAUAAACGAGUAUGAUCUGCCGCAGUGGAUUACGAACGUGUCUAAACUAGAUAGAGAUGAGAUGCAAGAAAUGCUCUCGUCGAUUCCGGACGCACAAAAUAUGUCGUUUCCUAUGGACGACCCGUCGAACGCAUCGGUGGUGCUCCCAGAAAAUCCAGCCAAAAUAGAAGAGUUUAUAUCCUCGAUGACACACGCGCCGCCGGAGGAACAGUUUCCGCUGCCUAAUAAAGUCUCGUUCAAGGUUAAAAGCAAGGAUGUGAGGCGGGUUCCUCUCUUCAUGCGAAUGACUCUGAACGACACCGUUCUGCAGCUGAAGCAGGCGUUUAUUAAAGCGAAGAAACCUCGAAGCCUAACGGUUAAAGAUAUGAUGGUGAUAACAAAAUUUGGUGAUGAGUUGCAUGACCAUAUGUCUAUGCUAGAGUGCGGUAUGCUUAAUAUGGCAUAUGUUUACGUGUAUAAAAGAUCAGAUGUAGCCGCAAUGAGUGUUGCUCGUUUAAAAUCUGGGAAGAUGUUGAAGGUGAUUGUGGUUCCCCAGUGGGGGGCUGAGAAGAUACACAUGGAGGUUAAUUCUCGUAGCUCUUUGGAAGAUUUGAGGUUUGAAUUGGAGAAGUGUCACCAACAUGUUCUUCCCGAAAAUCUUGAUUACUUUUUUAAAAGCAAGAACAUCAUUCUGGUGUCUGAAAUGGAGUCGUUUGAGAUGUUAGGCAUUAAAGAGGGUGACACCAUUGAAAGGCGAGUUAGAAGAGCUGCUGUUGUCGAUUCCAGCGCGCCAUCGGAGACAACAUUCCGGCCGCUUCUUCCAACACCGCCGGAAAUAGUCAGGUUCAUGGUGAAAACUGUUGAAUACAGAGCGAGGCAUUUCACCUUAGUGAUGGAUCUGGACGACACCGUUAUGCAGCUGAAGGAGAAGAUUAACAGAACGAAGAAACCUAGAACCUAA